CAACGUGCCUCCAAAGCACACAGCAAACCAUCUCACGUCACGGAUCAUCAUCAUGAUGCGUCAAGUGGAUCCUCGCGUCGCGGCACUCGCGUGCACGGCAAUAAUGGUGAUGAUGAUGGCUGCGACGGCGCUGCCUGUCGCUGAUGAUGCCUCGCAGCAGCAGCAAGACUACUGCAUCCAAGGGCCCGUCUCCUUUGACGUUCAGGUGGAGGUGACGAGCACCCUCGGCUACCACUGUCAAUCGCAGCUCGCGCAACUGAAGACAAAGGUUGGACCUAAGCAUGCCAUCACAAACAUCACGCUGGCGCAGAGCCCAGGAUUCCCCUGCUGGCAAGGAAACAUCACCCUCACGCAAAUCAAGGCACCUACGAAACUGGGGGUUGGGGUUACGGUGACGCUGGCAGGGCUGGGGCAGUCGUUGCCAGACACAUCGUGUAACACCACGGUGACGUACCGCAAGUGUGGCAACACGCAGGGUUCCAACUGGAAACUCCACCUCACCGCAUCCCUCAACCAGCUGGACGUGGAACCAUGCGAACCAUCGUCGCCACUUCUGUUGUCGUGAUGGAUGGAAAUCGCCAUGCAUUCAUCAUCACAUUACAUACAUCAUGCAUCGUUAAGCCCUACUUUCUCGUUACACACGUCUCUCAGCAUCACCUCCAAAGUUUGAUUGGGUUGGUCACUUUCUCUUGCGGACUUCAGGUAGCACACAUGCGCACAGACUCUCCUGCAUUCUCCCCUCACAACAAACACACACACACACACACACACACACACACACACACACACACACACACACACACACGUGCACAACAAGAGUAAACGGGUCUACACAAAGGGGG